AGAGUGGCUGUGUGUCCGACAAGCCGUUCUUCCGUGGGCAAUGGUAGAAGUUGUCCCCGCGGGGCCCAGUGUCCCCUUGUCCUACGGUUUUCAGCCCCAGAAUGCUAACGCACCUGACUAGCCGGUGGUGAGCAGGGGCUUUGGGGCCAACGUAGUGGGCUCCCCAAGGAAACCCCCUUGAAACCAAUGGAUGCAUUCACGGGCUCGAGUCUCAAGAGGAAGUUCGAUGAUGUGGAUGUGGGCUCAUCAGUUUCCAACUCUGACGAUGAGAUCUCUAGCAGUGACAGUGCUGACAGCUGCGACAGCCUCAAUCCUCCGACAACUGCCAGCUUUACACCCACAUCCAUCCUGAAGCGGCAGAAGCAGCUGCGGAGGAAGAAUGUUCGCUUCGACCAGGUGACGGUGUACUACUUUGCCCGGCGCCAGGGUUUCACCAGUGUGCCCAGCCAGGGUGGCAGCUCGCUGGGCAUGGCCCAGCGCCAUAACUCUGUGCGAAGCUACACCCUGUGUGAGUUUGCUCAAGAGCAGGAGGUGAACCAUCGGGAGAUUCUUCGUGAGCAUCUGAAGGAGGAGAAACUCCACGCCAAGAAGAUGAAGUUGACCAAAAAUGGGACAGUGGAGUCAGUGGAGGCUGAUGGCCUGACACUAGAUGACGUGUCAGAUGAAGAUAUCGAUGUGGAAAAUGUGGAGGUGGAUGAUUACUUCUUCCUCCAGCCUCUGCCCACCAAACGGCGACGGGCCCUGCUGAGGGCUUCUGGGGUUCACCGCAUCGACGCGGAGGAGAAGCAGGAACUUCGUGCCAUCCGCUUGUCACGGGAAGAGUGUGGCUGUGACUGCCGACUGUAUUGUGACCCAGAGGCAUGUGCCUGUAGUCAGGCCGGGAUUAAAUGCCAGGUGGAUCGCAUGUCCUUUCCGUGUGGCUGCUCCCGAGACGGCUGUGGGAACAUGGCUGGGCGCAUUGAAUUCAACCCGAUCCGGGUCCGGACUCAUUACCUCCACACCAUCAUGAAGCUGGAGCUGGAGAGCAAGAGGCAGGUGAGCCGCCCGCUGGCCCUCCACGAGGAGCCCUCGGCCACGGCCACCUGCAGCCUCACCGGGGCGCACGGCUCGGAGACGCAGGACUUCCAGGAGUUCAUUGCUGAGAACGAGACGGCAGUGAUGCACCUGCAGAGCGCGGAGGAACUGGAGCGGCUCAAGGCGGAGGAAGACGCCAGCGGCUCCAGCGCCAGCCUGGACUCCAGCAUCGAGAGCCUGGGCGUGUGCAUCCUGGAGGAGCCCCUGGCUGUGCCCGAGGAGCUGUGCCCGGGCCUCACCGCCCCCAUUCUCAUCCAGGCUCAGCUGCCCCCUGGCUCCUCGGUUCUGUGUUUUGCUGAGAACUCGGACCACGCAACCGCUUCGGCAGUGAGCAGCCCCUCCUACUUGAACAGUGGGCCCCUGGUGUAUUACCAGGUGGAGCAGAGGCCAGUCUUGGGGGUGAAAGGAGAGUCCGGCACAGAAGAAGUCCCACCUUCUUUCCCCAAGGAGAAGGAUCUGAAUGUCUUCUCUCUCCCUGUUACCUCACUGGUGGCGUGCAGUUCCACAGACCCAGCUGCCCUCUGUAAACCAGAAGUGGGGAAGUCAUCCACUCUAGAAGUGCUCAUGCCCGAAGACUGUAGCCCCGAGGAGCCUGAGAACGAAGACUUCCGCCCCUCUUGGUCCCCCUCCAACCUCCCCUUUCGCACGGACAGUGAAGAGGGCUGUGGGGUGGACAAGUCCUCACAGCCCAGUGAGGACCGGCCUCCCGAAGAUUCUGCACUGGAACUUCCCCUGGCAGUGUGACGCGGGGCUGGAGCGUCUGUCUCUUACCCAUUCUCUAUUUAUUCCCUAUUUUACCUAACGCCAUUUCAAAACAAAACUGUAGAAGCACCUGCUGCUCCCAUGUUAUUUUAUUGGGGUCUUUGGGAAAUGGGAGGGGGGUGGCGGGGGGAAAGAUUGUACAAGUAUUUCGUAAAGGGAAACAAUCAAGGAGAUGGGCUCCAGCUUGGUCUGGGCCUCAAGUCUGCGCAGAGGCAGCUGUGUAGUGAACACUGAGCUUUCUGGGCCAUCGGAACGAAGAGCUAGAUGUCACAGGAGGAGCUGGGUAAUCAAGCAGCUUCCCCCCUGCAGGGGCCAGAACAGUCACCGAACAGCACGAAAGCCCCUUCCGGUUCCCAGGUAGGGGCACAAGCUUGAUUUUCUUUGUGGUCCCUCUGAUGUCCCUUAUUGGUGUGUCAUAAUAAAUUGGAAAUAAUCACCCACGCCAGUCUAGAGAGGAUGGAAAGGUCUCUGCUUCUGUACAGAAUCUCUGGAACUAAAAAAAAACGAACCGCCUCCCCCUGGUUCCCUAUCUGGUAAAUAAGUUAAUAUUUGACAUGUUUGGUGUUCCCUGACCUGUUCCCCACACUGGGGACUCCUGGUCUGUAACUUGAAUUGUCAAUUUCCUGUUUUUAGGUACUAGAGUUACACGAGUCUUGGUUUUCCCCCUCCUCUAUAUUUUCCUUUGAAGAAGAGGAGCAGUUUGGCUGGGGAUUGGUCUAAGGGCCCAAGGCUGCAGUGUGCCCCCCCGCCCGGCCAGUUGGCAGGAAGCUGUAAGCCCGGGCUCAGCCAUCCCAGGGGAGGCAUAUAUGCAGCAGUAACUGUGUCCAAAGGAGGCAGCAGAGCAGCUGCUGUGGGAAAAGACGACUUUUCUUUGUGCCAUGCUUGCUUUUUUGCCCUGGAUUAUUGUUCCCCUUCUUUGGGAGAUUCAAGCUUUAAUGGAAUGUAGGAUGUGGCAACUAGUUUGUCACCAACUAGUUUUUGUUUGUUUUGUUUCGUAUCUACCUCCUGUCUGGUCCUUCUUGGCCGUACAGGGGUAGAGAGUUCUAAUACUAUUCCAGUUCACGCCCGCUGCCCCUGCCCACUAGAUUGGCAGAUGCUUAUUAGGCCAUCUUGAUGACACAUGAAAAAAGGAAGGCGAACAUCCUUAAAUACCACAUACCUCUCCCAAGAUACAAAUAAUUCCAGCUUUUGACUAUAACCACUGAGAUUCAUACAGUGAGACUCCUUCCGUUCUUCUAUCACAGGGAAUAUAGUUAUUUCUCUUAGGUCCAACUUACGUGCCAGGCCCUGCUGCUUUUUAUACCACUCAAAAUUUUUCUAAAUUUUUUGUAGCAAAUGGUACCAUUACCGGGUAGUAUCCUUUCCACAAUGCCUCGCUUCUGGUGUGGCUUAUUAGCAGGAAAGAACAAAAUGGACAAAAGAGACUGGGGUGAGGGAGAGAACUUCCUACGUUGCUCACAAAAGCCUUUUCCCGUGGGCGACCAAGGCACCAGUGUCUAAAGCAGUCUUCAUUGCUGUUGCCACUGCGUUCCAACUGCGUUUAAACUGAGCCAGAGAGGCCCUGUACUUAGCAGACAUCCCUUUUAACCCCUUCUGCCUCUUGUUCAUUCCUGUUCUGAGGGGAGGCAAGGCAGUUAAGUACAUAGAUUCUUACCUCUCCCCAACUCCAGUCUCACUAAACAGAUGAGAGUCUGCGGUGUCUGAGCUCUACGUGCUGCCCCAAACCCAGUUUCUCCCUUCCUAGACUGGGCACCCUCAGAUGCGAGACUGAAGCUUAGUUGGGAGUUUUACUCUGGAAAAAAGAAUCAUUCUGAAAGUUCAUGUGGAAGGGGAGUCAACUUUAUGCAUUCCCUCUUUAGGAAGGAUCCAGCCGAAUCAAGAAUGUGGAUUCUAGCUGAGCAGUGAGACACAUUAGCCUCUGGGAUCAAAUCAAAAGUCUGAAUCUACUUAAAUUCAUUGCCAACCCCCAAGACACUUUAUUUUUCGAAAAACUAGUUCCUUAAUAGAAGUCUUAUCGCUUCACUAACUUCAAUCCUAACACUGAUCCCAAGCAUUAAAAUGCUAAAUAUUAACAUUUAGCAGACCUGUCUUGUCAAGGGGCCUUUUCUACAACCUAGUCUAUCUCAUUUUUGGUGCUACCUGAGGUGGACAGAAGCACGGUUGCCAGAAAAGCGAGGCCUUUUAUCACAGAAGCAAAGAGCUUCAGUCCCACUCAGCUCAGUUGAGGCCUAGAUAAAUGACUUAUUAAAAUUCCUUUCUCAUAUUGUACACAGGUAGUAUUCUCAAUGUGAAUCCAAAGCUUGUAUGUUUCUCUGAAAACACUUUUAUUUUUCCCCUUUUAGGUCCUUGACAUUGUGAUAAUACUGUAUUUAAAGAGAAUAUUUAAAUGUAAUAUUAAAGAAAUAUUCAAAAGAACGGUGUAUUC